AGUGUUUUUAUUCAUAUGAUUGUUGUCUGUAAAACCGUAACUUUAAAAGAAGAAAUAACCGUUUAAAAGAAACAGAACUUCUAAGACAUAUAAUUGCGUCUGUGUACCCCAACAAUGUCAUCGCCUCCACAGAAUGCGCUGGAGCACCAAAGCAGCAAACGCCGACGACGCGGCAGCCGCUCCCUCUCCUGCUCGCGUGACGCGCACGCGGAGCGCGCAACAACACCGCAGCAAUCACCGGCACUGCGGCCUGCCGCCGCGGCAGCCGCCACCGCAUCACCGCCGCUGGCGCCUCGUCCCUCCAUGUCUUCUUCCCAUUCUUCGCGGAGUGCGUCCGUGUCCCUGCGCCCAUCGCGUACGUCUCAGCCAUCUGCUGAGGCCACCUCCGGCAGGAAGCGAAGGAACCGACACAAGGAGGCCCGUCAAGAGGAGACGGCGAAGAAAUCGCUGCCAACUGCAGCUGCCCCUCAUCUCGCCGAUCAGAAAACUCAUGCGGCACCGCACAGCCUGCUGGAGCGGCUGUCCGAAGUGGAAGUUCAACUGCAACUCGAGCAAGACCGCGCCAGGCGCACCACCCUCGCCCCCCGCGACAUUGCCAACUUCAUCCUGUGGAGUGUGCCGGCCCCGGUACCGCUGAUCGAAUCACCGCGCAUCUUCUUCAUUCGCAAUAAAUCACACGUCCGCAACGUGGUGGUCAUCUACGUGAAUGGGUGGUCCUACGAUGAGCUGCUGUGCACGGGCGUUGGACUGCCGAGACCGGCGUCAUCGGCGAGUACGAGCGACACGUCGCAAGGAGAAAUGAACGGCGUAAAGCGCAGCAGUUUUGCUGGUGAAGACGAGAGCGAGGAAGGCCACGGCCACGACGCUGCGUGGGAUAAGCAGCUCUGCAGUUCCAUGCUCCGUGCGGUGCGCGAGGGUCGCUGCUGGGCUCGCCCCGGUCGUGGCUCCGGCUGCGCCGGCGGUGUUCAGUACUGCCCCCUCCUCAUCCCAAGCACGCGGAAUGAGAUGGAGAAGGACUUGUGGUGGCGCAACGACGCGCCGCGUCGCGCAGGUGGCGGAAGCGGUGGCGGCGCUGCAGCUGGUAGUUCCUCCUCGACGGACGUGCCUCCGAAGGCGUAUCAUCGAGCGGAGCACACCGACAGCGACGGGGUUGCGCGGCACCACGUCAACACUCCCACGAGUGCAGCCCAGGGUGUGGGGAGCUUGUUUCACCGUGCGUUGCAGGCGCACGCACUGGGCACAGGCAACAGGAAAGUGACGGAGGAGGAGGACGGGGCGACGACUGCUGCUGAUGCUGCUUCCGCUGCGUCUUCACCAACGUCGAUGACGACGUCCGACGCAUUUCGUGAGCAUCAGCACCUCUGGCAGGACGAGGCGUUGCUGAUGCGGUACGCGUUGAAGCUGCCGGCGCACGCGACGGAGUUGACGGAGCUGGGGUUUACAUUGACACCUCCUCCCUCUCUCCCUGCUCCUUCGUCGGGGGAAGCAGAGACCCGGCGCUCACGGGACAGCGAGGUGGAGGAGGGCACGACGAGCCAAAAUGCCGUCAACGCCACGGAAGCGUGGACCUGUUGUGACGCGCCGUCUUCCUUGUUGAAGGACACGCUGGCAAACGGAGAUGGUGUUGAUGAUGAAAAGGAGGAGGGCGCCGCUCUACAGCGUCCGCAGGGCCGCCGUCGCCCGAAGGUUUUUGCGCUGGAUUGUGAGAUGGUGCAGGUGGAAGGCGGCGAGAGCGCCUUGGCGCGGGCCACGCUGGUGGACGUGCUCACCGGGCAGGUGGUCCUCGACCUCCUCGUCAAGCCGCAGCAGCGCAUUACGGACUACCUGACUCGGUUUAGCGGCAUCGAUAAGGCGAUGCUCGACCCCGUCGUCACGACCCUGGCGGACUGUCAAGAGCAGAUGAAGCGGUACAUUGACAGCGACACGUUCGUGGUAGGGCAUAGCCUGGAGAACGACUUCAAGGCAUGUAAGCUAGUGCCGAACUGCAGCGUGCUGGACACGGCGUGGCUCUUCCCGCACCCCGCCGGGCUGCCUUACAAGAACGCCUUGCGCUUUCUCGCGCAGAAGUAUUUGAACCGUCGCAUCCAGCAGGGCUCGCACGACAGCGCUAUCGACGCGCUGGUGAGCGCGGAGCUGGUGCAGUUGAAGCUACUGCACGGGCCGUCGUUUGGGGUGCGUCCUCGGGUAAGUGUGCUCGGCCUGAUCACAUCAGCGGCCGGUGACGGUGCAGAAGCGGCGGAGAACAGCGUAGCAGCCCGCAAAGGGCCCGUGUUGGAUGUGCAGGUGCGUCUCUUCGAAGACGCCGCCAUACUCACGUCGCUUCUCCCCGCCGCGCCGACGGCCCCCUCACACGGCUCGCACCCGCCCACCCCAGCAACAGCCGCAUCCGCGUCUUCUCCUCCUCUUCCCUCGUCGUCUCCGCUGUCGUCUGUACCAAACGCGCAGGUGGGCCGCAUUGACGCGGUGCCCGUCCGACACGACGAGGACGCCAUGCGCAAGGUCGUGCGUGCGCUGCAGCACCGUGCCCGACAACUGCACGUCGAAAGGCAACGUCAGCAGCAGAUGGAGAGGUGUGUUGACGGUGCGCAGACGGCCGAAGAGGAAGAGCAGGCAGAGGAAGCAGCAAAGGUGCCGCCGAGCUUCGGCCUCUAUUGGGUACAGCUGGCCCAAACGAAGGUGGACGUCGUGCUUCGGGGCCGCCAAACAGCUGGCGACGCAUCAGCAGCGCCUGCGUCGUCACCCGACAACGCACAUCUCGAAGAGCAGGAUCAGCAGCAAGAGGAUACGAAUAACAGUGUCGAUCCUUCUUCCACUGCACCAGUGAAGAUGCCCACGCCACAGCAGCACACCGCGGCGCAGUACCGCGUCGUGCACGACACGAAUCGCCGCGUGCUGCGCAUCAUCGAGGCCUGCCCAGACGAGACGCUUGUCUUCGUGCUUACCGGACGCUGCACCGGAGCAGCCGGCGGCAAUCACUUCUCGCGUGCGCAGGGCGCCUGCUUUGCUUUUGUGAAGGACAGCACGGCGACGGGACCUCGCGAGGAGGAGCUAACACGGAAGCCGGAAGAGGGCGACGGGCGCGAGCCGGAGAAGACACCCCGUGCAGAAGCCGAGGUCGCGCUGCACGACAACACCACGCCGCCUGCGUGCCAGCCGCAAUGA